UCGCCUAUAAAGUGGUUUCGAGAGCCGCGCGCCCGCCUCAGACACACUCCACCCUUGAGCAUGACAGGGCAUUGCCUUUUCAUCAUGACGAGAUUGCUCGUAUUACUGCUGGUGAUACUGCCAUAUUGUGCAGCUCAGUUCAGAAUUUCAGGACCGAGCGAUGGUAAUCGAAAAGCUCAAGGAUUAACCUAUGAUAAUCAAAAGGGAAUUAGUUAUGAUGACCAAAAAGGCACUGGGGAUUUUUCAAUCCAAGGUGCGAGUGAUGGAACUACUAAUUUCAAUAUCCAAGGCGCUUCAGACGGAAAUACCGAUUUCCAAAUCCAUGGCGCUACGGACGGUAGGGCUCAGUACUACGGACCUUCGGCAGGAAACGCAAAUUUCCAAAUUCAAGGAGCUACAGACGGGAACGCUAAUUUCCAAAUCCAAGGAGCUACCGAUGCAAAUGCAAAUUUCCAAAUUCAGGGUGCUACUGAUGGAAACUCCAAUUUCCAGAUUCAAGGAGCUACUGAUGGACAUAGUCAAAGCUCUGUUCAAGGUCCUUAUGAAGCCAAUCAAGGAGGACAACGUGCUUUGCAGUACAGAGAUCCUAAUAGCGAGUGUUACUCAGGAGUUAAUGUGAACUGGAGGUCCUACCACAAUACCCCGCGAGCCCAACCUGCUGCGAAUCCUGAAGAAUACGCGCCAGCUCCAGUUCCAGUUGCCAGACGCAGGAAGCAAAAACAGCAACAGCAACAAGUUUAUCAGCAACAACCAGAAGCCCCAGUUCAAAAACAGAAUUUGAAUUACAAAGUGUUUAACAAAGCGCCACCACAAAUUAUGCAAAUUCUACAAUUCCAACAGCAAAUCCCGUAUGAUUUCAACAGUGCAUUGACGUACCAGCCUCAUCAACAAACUCAACCCGAACCAGCGCCAGCACCAGCACCAGCACCACGUCCAGCUCCAGCACCAGAACCAGCUGUCAAUGAAGUACCAGCAGAAGCUCAUCAACCGGUCGAACAACGAACUCGUCCAUAUCGUGGAAGACCUCGAGGAUACAGCAGACAGAAGCGUCAAGCUGACCAGGUUCGUCGUAGUCGCCAGCAAGCGAACCAUCAACAACGCCAACAAGCACAACAAGCUCAACCAGCUGAGCCACAACCAAAACUUCAGGCAAAUAUUCCUUCUCGUAUUCAAGAGCUGCUCAACUUCCAACAGCAAAUUCCUUAUGUAAAUCACAUUCCUGAGCAAUGGAGGUAUGAAGCUUUAUUAGCUCAGGAGAAGGAAUUACCACAACCAAAAUUCCAACGACAACCUGAACCAGAACCAGUACGUCACAGUCAACGUGUCAGACAAAAACGACAAACUCAACCUCAGUACAAAUCAAGUCUUCCAGCUCAUUUGCAAGAGCUUUUGAAGUUUCAAGCACAGAUUCCUUAUGUUAACGGUAUUCCGGAGCAUUUAAGGUAUGAAAGACUAGCAACUCAACAAGGACAUCAACGUCAAAAGCGUCAAGCUCAACCCCAGUAUAAAUCAAACCUUCCAGCUCAUUUACAAGAGCUUUUGAAAUUCCAAGCACAGAUUCCUUAUGUCAACGGUAUUCCAGAACAUUUAAGGUAUGAAAGACUAGCAGCUCAACAAGGACAUCAACGUCAAAAGCGUCAAGCUCAACCUCAGUACAAAUCAAACCUUCCAGCUCAUUUGCAAGAGCUUUUGAAAUUCCAAGCCCAGAUCCCUUAUGUCAACGGUAUUCCAGAACAUUUGAGAUACGAAAGACUAGCCACUCAACAAGGACAUCAACGUCAAAAGCGUCAAGCUCAACAACAACCCGCAGCCGAGCCUCAACCUCAUUACAGCACAAAUCGCCCAGCUCAUAUUGAACAGUUAUUGAAGUUUCUAGCACAAACUCCUUACACCAGUGCUAUUCCUGAACAAUUUAGCGCCGAUAAAGUGAUUGGCAAUCAAAGACAAAAGCGCCAAGCACCGCAGUACUCUAAUCAAGCGCCUCAACAACCUCAAUCGGAAGUAGAUCUUUCUCAGUAUCGCAGAGUAGCUCAACCACAAGUAGAAGCAUCCCCUCAAUACUCAACAAACCUCCCGAGUUCGAUAAAAGAGCUCCUCCAAUUCCAAUCUCAAGUUCCUUACGAUAUCAUCGCCAACAGCAUAAGUUACAAGUUAGACAAACCUUAUGUGCCUCAGCAAGUUGCGCCAGCGCCAAUUGUACCUUACCAACAUCAACCACAGCCUCAACAACAAGCUCAGCCAAUUUACCAAGAACCGGCUCCGCAACCUCAGCCCCAGUAUCAGCCCCAAUAUCCACAGCCGCAACCUCAAUCUGUAGAUCCAGUUUAUCAACCAUCGCCUAUAGCUCAACCUCAACCUCAAUCUCAAGCGUAUCAGCAGCCAAAUCCUUUCUACCAGCAGCCGCAACCUCAACCUCAGUCGCCAGCCUAUCAAUCCGGCUUACAAGCGCAGCCCCAGUUCCAGCAAGUCAACCAUCAACUCAAUCAACAGCGAAACCUUCAAUCUCAACUCAUUCGGCCGCAAUAUCACCCCAACGCCCUUCCCGCUGCCUUCAAUCGGCAAAUUCAGGAGCAGUACCCGCAAUUCCCCCAGCCACCACAAAAUAACGUUCGUCCUGUUACCGAAAAUCAGUAUUGA